AGUACACCGUACACACGGCCGCCCGGCAACACGUGUGUGGGUCCGGGACGGAGACGAUGGCUUCCGCCUCCCGCCCCUCGCCAAGUCGCCACGGCGGCUUCGGCCGAGAUCCCCGGCGCCGGCGCGUGUACUACUACUACUACCUCCAUGGCGCAAGCCCCGCAAAAGCCCAUCUGCAGGCCGCACCCGCAUUGAACUCGCCGUCGCGGCCCAGUUCCCGGGGAGAUAUAUAUAUCAGAUAUAUACGUCGUCGGUGUAUCUGGUCUGGCCGCAGCAUGGAACUGGAAGCCCCGGGCCCUGGGCUCACGUGUCCGCCCCGCCGCGCGGCCCUGGCUCCACGUGUCAGCUCCCGCUCGUCGCCGAUGGACACCGCGUCACCGGCUCACCGCCUGCCGUGACCGAGAGGCCACGUCGUCUCGUCCGUCUACUGUCUGGGGCAGCCGGGCAUGCACGCAGAAUUGCAGGUGCAGUAAAGGAAGCAGGAGCAGGACGAGCCCCGAGAUCUCGCCUCAGGAUUGAUGCAUCAUUGGCGACUGCACUGCACUUCUUCGCCAUCGAUCCUGUGGGUCCCCUGAUUCUCCACUCCACUAUGGCGCCACUAAUCCACUCCACUCCAUCUAAUCAAUUUCCAGUGUAUCGCCAAAACACGCAUGCUUUCCUUCCUCGCCAUGCCAAGCAUCGCCCGCCCGCCCUCGCACAAGAGAGCAUGCCAUGGCCCAUGGCCUCCGCGGCGCGCCAUGCCAUCCUCAUAUAUACGACGAACAUGUGCUAAGCUUGCCGCCGCGUGCGACCGCGCCUCUCCCUCCGCUCAAGCAAGCAAGCAAGCUAGCUAGCUACCUUCCUUUUCCUUGUGAUGGAUCGGAGGCAUCGUCCUUAGCUUGCCUUCACAGCCAGCCAGCCAAACCAGCUAGCUAGCUAGCCAUGCCCGCCAGUGCCGCCACCACCACAACCACCUCCUCCGCGGCUCCCUCUCCCUCGUUGUUGCCGUGCUUGCAUGUCCAUGCACACGGCAGGGCCUCGGCUGCGGCGGCCUGCUGCCUACUCGUGCUCGUGACUUUCCUGGUGGUGGCCGCCUGCUGGUGGGACCCCAGGACGCGAGAAGCUUCCAGCUGGUUCCUGUCGCCGCCGCGGUCUGCCCCCUCUUCCUUCUCGUCCUUGACGAGUGCCGGUGGAGUUGGCGGUGGUGGCGAGCACCUAUUGGCCACCGCCAGCUCGUACUACUCCGCCGCCGCCGGCUUCAGGAACAGCACUGGCAAAGAGGUGCACCAGGAGGUCCGGGGUCAUGGUGGUGAUGAUCGUGGCUUCCUCUCCUUCGUCAACUCCAGCUUCGGCUAUGACGAAGCGCCGCCGCCAUCCGCACCGGCUCCGGCGUCUCCAGUGACGGGAGGCUCAGAUGAGGUGAUAAUCCAGUCCACGCCGCCACAGGUUGAGAGGAGAAGAGACGACGUGAAACUGGAGCGACUAGAGCUUGGCCUCGCGAGAGCUCGGUCCGCGAUAAUGGAAGCCAUCAGGAAGAAGGACAAGGUAUCUCCGUUGCCUGACAAGGACUACGUGCCGAUGGGACCGGUGUACAGGAACGCCCACGUGUUCCACAGGAGCUACCUGGAGAUGGAGAGGCAGCUGAAGGUGUACGUGUACGAGGAAGGCGAGCCGCCGGUGUUCCACGACGGGCCGUGCCGCAGCAUAUACUCGACGGAGGGCAGGUUCAUCCACUCCAUGGAGACGGAGACGGAGGCGGAGGAGGGCCGGCGGCUGCGGACCCGGGACCCGGCCCGCGCCCACGUCUUCUUCCUCCCGUUCAGCGUCGUCAAGAUGGUGCAGACGAUCUACGAGCCCGGAUCGCGCGACAUGGCCCCGCUCAAGCGCACCGUCGCCGACUACGUCCGCGUGCUCUCCUCCAAGUACCCCUACUGGAACCGCAGCCUCGGCGCGGACCACUUCAUGCUCUCCUGCCAUGACUGGGGCCCGUACGUGUCGUCGGCGAACGCGCAGCUGUUCGGCAACUCCAUCCGCGUGCUGUGCAACGCCAACACGUCGGAGGGGUUCGACCCGGCCAGGGACGUGUCGCUGCCGCAGGUCAACCUGCGGAGCGACGCGGUGGAGCGGCAGGUGGGCGGGCCGUCGGCGUCGCGGCGCCCGGUCCUGGCCUUCUUCGCGGGCGGCAACCACGGGCCGGUCCGGCCGGCGCUGCUGGCGCACUGGGGCCCCGGCGGGCGGCGGGGAGGCGACCCGGACGUGCGGGUCAGCGAGUACCUGCCCCGCGGCGGCGGCGCGCCGUCGUACGCGGACAUGAUGCGGCGCAGCCGCUUCUGCCUCUGCCCCGGCGGCUACGAGGUGGCGUCCCCGCGCCUGGCGGAGGCCCUGUACCUGGGCUGCGUCCCCGUCGUGGUGGACGACGGCGAGUACGCGCUGCCCUUCGCCGACGUGCUCGACUGGGACGCCUUCGCGCUGCGCCUGCGCGUCGCCGACAUUCCCCGCCUCAAGGAGAUCCUGGCGGCCGUGUCGCCGCGGCAGUACAUCCGGAUGCAGCGCCGGGUGAGGAUGGUGCGCCGCCACUUCAUGCUGCACGGCGGGCCGCCCCGCCGGUACGACGCGUUCCACAUGAUCCUCCACUCCGUCUGGCUCAGGAGGCUCAACGUUAGGAUCGCAGCAGCUGAAUGAUGCACAUGACUGACUGACUCACUGACCAAUGUAACGAUGGAUCUUGCUUACAGUUUGCAGGCGUCAUGCGUGUCUGAUCUUUGAGUCUAGCGUGCGUUGGUUGCAUUUUGACACGAAGGUUGGAGGAAUCUUGGUGUGCAAGUGGUUUUUGUACCCUGUAUUAUACACUACUAAUUAAUACACGCUGUACGAUCAGAGGAAGUGCGUAUGGUGGUUUUUGUACCCUGUAUUAUACACUACUAA